AUUCUGGUGUCCACUAGCAGAGCGGAAGCAAUUGUUUUUGGGAGACUGAGGGGCAUUGUAUCGAUUUUUUGGUUUAAUACAUUUCCAAGAUACCAUCAUAUUUUGAUAGAAACAAAUAUUUUGUGGGGAAAAAUGAAAGAGCUUUUUCUUAUUUGCGCUGUGAUUUCAGCAGCAGUGCUUGUAAACGGAUCGUCCAAUGAACCGAAACAUGUUAGCCUUCUGGCUGUACAUUUGUCAGGAGAUGACAACCUCCGCAUUACCGAUGAACAGAUCGAAUGCAUUCAGGAUGGCGAAAAAAAGAUCAUCGAUUUGCAUCCAAAUUUGAAAGAAUGGUUUGAUGACGUUGCAGUGACAUCGAUAUAUUUGACGGAAUUUGCUGAUAGUUGUCAUGCACUUUCCGGCAUCAAGAAAAGGUUAUGCUUUGUGCAGCUUAGCAUUGUUACAAUUAAAGAACGCAAACGUUUGUUUGGAAAUCUGAACGACGAGCAAAAAACGGUUUUGGAGGAACUCAAGAAACUCGUUGAAGAAUGUCUAAAAGAAGAAUCAAACUCAUUGUUUUCAUUGUUUGACCGAGACGAUACUCGCAUCACUGACAAACAGAAACAAUGCAUUGAAGAUGGAUAUCAAAAGGUGGCAUCCGAAAAUCCUGCUUUUGCAUCGUGGAUUGAUGACAUUCAAAAAACAUUUACUAAGUUAGCAGAAGACGCCCAACGAUGUGGUACACUAACAAACUGGCUUAAAAAAGUGGGAUGCUAUGUCAAAUAUUAUGUUUAUUUUCAAAUGCAAUACCAGCGCUUAUUCGGAAAAGUGACAGAAAAACAACAAAAAGGUUUGAAAGCAUUUCAGAAAGUUGUAACAGAUUGUUUGCUGGGCAACGCGGUUGAAGCGAUGGAUUUUAACGCACUUGAGUUCUUUGAUGGUAACUCUUUUCGCAUUACUGAAGAACAGGAUGGAUUAGCUUUACUCACAAAUGAUGGUUCAAUUGAUGUGUUCACAAGUCAAUUGUUAGACGAAGACGAUACUCGUAUCACUGACGAACAGAAACAAUGCUAUCAAGAUGGGUUACAAAAAGUGGCCUCAGAGAAUCCCGCUUUAAAACCGUGGUUUGAUGACAUUACACAAACAUUCGCUAAGUUAGCAGAAGAUGCCAAACGAUGCGGUACACUAACAGACUGGCUUGAAAAACUGAGAUGCAAUGUACAAUCUUACAAUGAUUUUCAAAGAGAAUACGGUCGCUUAUUCAGAUACGUGACACAAGAACAACAAAAGUGUUUGGAAGCACUUCAGAAAGUCGUAGCAGAUUGUUUGCAAGGCAGCGCUGUUCAAGUCAUGGAUUUUAAUGCAUUUAAUUUCUUUGACGGUAUUUCGACUCGCAUUACUGAAGAACAAAUCCAAUGUCUUUUAGAGGGAUAUAAAGACAUUGUCGAUGAAGAAUUACAAGAAUGGUUCAACGAUGUGGUGGAAUCAGUGAAGCAACUGGCAGAAAAUUUAAAAGAAUGCGAAAAACUUUCGGGACUAAAACAAUUGAGAUGCUAUACAAAACUAGUUGGAACCGCUCACGAUGAAUAUAAUCGCUUGAACGGAAAAUUGUCAAAAGAACAAAAGGAAGUUUUGAAAGAACUCGGGAAUGUUAUCCAAACAUGCUUGUCGAACGACAGUGUCUAUUAAAGUUCAUGAUGCCAUAAUGCUAUUGUUUUCAACGCAAAAACUACUUACUAAAGUCAUACACAAAUGACUCAUAUCACAAUGAUUGAAGUGUUCACAAUUCAUGGUGGCGAUUUUUCUUUUUGUAUAGUGGCGGUGUAGAAUAAAGUCAUAUUUGAAGAAACAA